AUGUCACGGAGAUACGAUUCCAGGACAACCAUCUUCUCCCCCGAAGGUCGACUUUAUCAGGUGGAGUAUGCGCUCGAAGCUAUUUCACAUGCUGGUACAGCUCUAGGAAUCUUGGCCAAGGAUGGAAUCGUCCUUGCUGCAGAGAAAAAGGUGACCAGCAAGCUGCUAGAGCAGGACACAUCUGCUGAGAAGCUCUACACACUGAACGAUAACAUGAUCUGCGCAGUUGCCGGUAUGACUGCAGACGCCAAUAUUCUCAUCAACUAUGCCCGACAAGCCGCUCAACGCUACCUCCUCACUUACGGCGAAGAAAUUCCCUGCGAGCAACUCGUUCGUCGGUUGUGUGACCUGAAACAAGGAUACACCCAGCACGGUGGUCUCCGUCCGUUCGGUGUCUCGUUCAUCUACGCAGGUUACGAUCCUCUGAGAGAAUUCCAACUGUACCAGAGCAACCCCAGCGGGAACUAUGGUGGUUGGAAGGCCACUAGUGUGGGAGCAAAUAACGCGAGCGCCCAAAGUCUGCUCAAGCAAGAUUACAAGGAGGACUGCGACCUGAAGGAAGCGUGUGCCAUGGCCGUCAAGGUUUUGAGCAAGACAAUGGACUCGACAAAGCUCAGCAGUGAGAAGAUCGAAUUCGCAACGGUGGGAAAGACCAAGGAAGGGAGGAUCUACCACCAUCUGUGGAAUGCGGAGGAGAUCAAUGCUUUACUGAAGGAACAUGGUUUGGCCAAGGUCGACGAUGAGCCCGAGGCUGGUGAUGUCAAAUAA